AUGGACCGGUAGCAGAAUGGCUGUGACUCCGGUGAGCGAACCAAAGCAAUGCGCGCACUGUGGCGAAGCUGACUCUGGGAAAGUGGCAGUUCAAGUUCUUCGACGUCGCGCAAGUGAAGCUCCCGGACGACGAGAGCGCGUUCCUCGCCGAGGUAUGCCACCUGCGCCCACCUUGAACAAAGCCCCUCUCACCCAUUGUAGCCCGGGAACACCACCUGCGUCGUCUCUGGAUCCGAGAGCAUCUUCGUCGGUAGCGCCGAUGGUGUCGUGCGCAUCCUGUCGCAGGCCUUCAAGGUCGUGCGCACGUUUCAGGCCCACGAUGUCGGCGCGGUCACGUACAUGAAGCAGGUCGAGGGCACGGCGCUGCUCGUUACAAUAGCAGAAGACCUGUCCAGCGAGCCCGUGCUGAAGGUGUGGGCCUUGGAUAAAUUGGAGAAGAAGACCGGCAUUCCUCGCUGUCAGAGCACACUUCAGAUCCAGAAUGGGCGCAAGCUGUUUCCUAUAUCCGCCUUCGCGGCUCUCGACGAUCUAUCGCAGCUUGCCGUAGGCUUCGCAAACGGUGCUGUUACAGUUGUUAGGGGCGACCUUAUCCACGACCGUGGAGCACGGCAGCGAACCGUCUUCGAAUCCGACGAGCCCAUCACUGGUAUCGAGUUCAGAGAGGGGAGCAUCACAACACUGUACAUUGCAACGACUGCACGAAUCAUGACGCUUGUGAUAUCAGGUCGGGGGCAGGGCCAGCCUGCCAAAUCCUUGGACGAAUACGGUUGCGCAAAAGACUGUAUUGCCGUGGACAAGAACACACAAGAUGUUGUUGUUGGGAGAAACGAUGCCAUAUACUACUAUGGUCAGCACGGCCGAGGCCCUCCAUAUACGUACGAAGGCGAGAAGAAGAUGGUCUCGACAUUCAAGGACUACGUUGUGAUUGUGGCACCACCAAAGUCGAAUGCAAUGCCAAGAUCUAAUCCCCUCAGGGCUUUCGGUAUCGGUAGUGCCGACGAUGCUUUCAACACGUCAACCUUCACUCUACUGAAUACUGAGCUGCGAUAUGUAGCACAUCAGGAACAGUUGUCAUCUGAGGUGCAGCACGUUGUCUCCGAGUGGGGUGAUCUCUUCGUCUUCACAAUUGAUGGCAAGAUCUACAGAUACCACGAGAAGCCUUUUGCACAGAAGCUUGAUAUCCUCUAUCAGCGAAAUCUCUAUGUUCUAGCAAUAAAUCUCGCUCAGAAAGCUGGCCUGGACGCCUCGCAGCAGAAUGUCAUACUUAGAAAGUUUGGCGACUACCUGUAUUCGAAGCAGGACUACGACACAGCCAUGCAGCAGUAUCUAAAAGCCAUCGACAACACUGAGCCUUCCCAGGUCAUUCGAAAGUUUCUGGAUACUCAAAGGAUACACAACUUAAUCGAGUAUCUGGAGGAGCUUCAUGAUCAUCACAAAGCCACCUCAGACCACACAACGCUACUACUGAACUGUUAUGCGAAGCUCAAGGAUGUUGCUAAACUGGAAGAGUUCAUCAAGUCCCCAGACGACCUGAAGUUCGAUCUUGAUACGGCCAUCUCCAUGUGCCGUCAAGGAGGAUAUUAUGAUCAGGCUGCCUUCCUAGCCCGCAAGCACGGUGAACACGAGCUUGUAGUCGAUGUCCUCAUUGAAGACUCGAAACGGUUCGCCGAAGCGUUGGCUUACAUUUGGCGGCUGGAGCCUGAGGUUGCCUACUUCAAUUUUAUGAAGUAUGCUACAGUCCUACUCCAGCAAAUACCUAAGGAUACCACACAGUUGUUCAUCGACUACUACACGGCAGCUUUUCGACCUAAAAAGGAUGCUAUUGUCAUCCCAAAUGCUCCUUCAUCUGGCGGCGGAAUAGGCAUGGGUCUUGGUGUGGCCUCAAGUGCAGUGCAGAACCUGGCUGCAUUAUUGCCAUUGCCGUACAUGAAUACUAACGCACUCGCUUCACCACCCGCAGGCGAUCAGAGGAGCACGAUGAGUCAAGCACAAAUCAUCGAGCAAACCUCGGAUGAACCUGCUCCUGAGUACAAGGUGCCCAAGCCCCGAACGGCUUUUUCAGCUUUUGUGGAUCAUCCACAGGAGUUCGUCAUGUUUCUUGAAGCGUGCAUCAAAUCAGAUAACCUACGAGAGGAUGACAAGGUUGAUCUCUACACGACCUUAUUCGAGAUGUAUUUGCAUACUGCGUCUUCGAAGAAAGACGAAGAUCGACAAGUAUGGGAGAACAAGGCAAAGAAGCUCGUCGAGGGCAAGGACAUUCCCAUCGACACAUCAAACGUUUUGCUGCUCUCUCAUCUCUCCAACUUCCGAGACGGCGCAAUCCUCGUCCGUGAACAACAAGGCCUCCACUUCGACAUCUUCCGCAGCUUCACCGCCGCCAACGACACCCAAGGCGCCAUCCGCGCCCUACGCAAAUACGGCCCCGAGGAGCCCGCCCUCUACCCCGCCGCCCUCGCCUACUUCACCUCCUCGCCCGAAGUCCUCGCCGAAGCUGGCGACGAACUCGACUCGGUCCUGCAGAAAAUCGACGACGACGGCCUCAUGGCGCCCCUCCAGGUCAUCCAAACCCUGUCCACCAACGGCGUCGCCACAAUGGGCAUGAUCAAGUCCUACCUCAGCACCACCAUCGAGCGCGAGCGCGUCGAAAUCGCCUCCAACCGCCGCACCAUCGAGACCUUUCGCUCCGACACCGCGAGCAAGAAAACAGAGCUCCAGAACUUGAAUUCUAAACCCGUCGUGUUCCAGGCCGCGCGCUGCAGGGUGUGCAACAAGGCGCUCGAGCUCCCUGUAGUGCACUUUUUGUGUAAACAUAGUUUCCACCAGAGUUGUCUCAGCACCGAUGAGGAUGUCAGGGAUCCAGAGGUCCAGUGCCCGGUUUGCAGCGGCCAGAACGCGACGGUGAAGGCGAUUCGGCGCGCGCAGAUCGAGAGCGCGGAGAGGCACGAUCUGUUCUCGGAGGCACUGCGGAGGAGCAAGGACGGGUUUGCGGUCAUUAGUGAGUGGUUUGGGAGGGGUGUCAUGGGCGUUGAGGGGAGGGAAUAGAUGGUGCACGACGCCUCUGUGUCUGAAGACUAGAAUGGUUUUGUGUAUGUAGACUAAAACCUCGCUGUGCCUUCGUGUUGCAUAAAUGAUUCGAUGCUGUAUGAACGGA